GCCUGGCCCGGCCCGAGCGCCCGAAGCGGCCCGAAGGAGCGAGCAGGCCCCGCGUCCCUCCUGCUCCGAGCGAGAGCCGGGGGGCCCUGCGGCGCCGCCGGCCCCAGCGCUGCGGUGAGCGGCGGCGGGCGGCGCCAUGGCCGACAGGGCGCGGGCGGCGCUCUCCGAGUCGGGCUGGUACCUUUCGGAUGAAGGAAUUGAAGCUUGCUUAAGUUCAUCUGAAAAAGUUAAUACAAAUGAUAUAAUCCUAGUUGCCCUUAAUACAGAUUUAAGAACGAUUGGCAAGAAAUUCCUGCCCAGUGACAUCAAUGGUGGAAAGGUGGAAAAGCUAGAAGGGCCAUGUGUUCUGCAAAUACAGAAAAUUCGCAAUGUUGCUGCACCAAAGGAUAACGAAGAAUCUCAGGCUGCUCCCAGAAUGUUACGUUUACAGAUGACGGAUGGACACACAAGCUGCACAGCUAUAGAAUACAGUAGCAUGUCAAAAAUAAGCCUGAACACUCCACCUGGAACAAAAAUUAAGCUUUCAGGAAUUGUUGAAGUGAGAAAUGGGUUCUUGCUGCUGGAUGACAGUAACACAGCAGUUCUUGGAGGCGAAGUGGAGCAUCUUAUAGAAAAGUGGGAAUUACAAAGGAGUUUGGCGAAACACAAUAGGAGUAACAUUGGAACAGAAGGCGGUCCUCCUCCUUUUGUACCUUUUGGGCAGAAAUGUGUGUCUCAUGUGCAAGUGGAUAGCAGAGACCUUGAUCGCAGAAAGACUCUGCAAAUGACAAAUGCUGUAAAAACUGUUGUGGACAAUGAUGAAUUUGAAAAGCAGAGAACAGCUGCUAUUGCAGAAGUAGCAAAGAGCAAGGAGACCAAGACGUUCGGAGGAGGCGGUGGUAGUAGCAGAAGUAAUCUCAGUGUGAGUGCUGGAGGGAAUCGAAACAGGGAACUGUUCCAGAAAGAGAAGAUAGCAAAACCUGAGGGGAAGAAUGAAGGUGUCUACCGAGAAUUGGUUGAUGAAAAAGCUCUAAAACACAUAACAGAAAUGGGUUUCAGCAAAGAAGCAGCAAGGCAGGCACUUAUGGAUAACAGUAACAGCCUAGAGGCAGCAUUAAAUUUUCUUCUGAACAACAGUAAACAGAAACCCAUUCAGGGACCACCACCUAGAGGUAAAGGGAAGGGCCGAGGCCGAAUAAGACCUGAAGAUGAAGAAGAGCUAGGAAAUGCCAGACCUUCUGCACCAAGCACACUGUUUGAUUUCUUGGAAUCCAAAAUGGGUACUCUAACUGUAGAGGAACCAAAGUUGCAAUUUCAGCCACCACAUCAAGUACAGCACAAAGUUAUGAAUACAGAACAGAAUGGCAUCAAAGAGAAUCAUUCAAGACACAUUUCGCGCAAUGACACGAGACAACUGAGGAACGAGAAACCCCCUCGUUUUCAAAGGGAUUUUCAGAAUUCAAGACAGGCUUUGGAAAGUAGUGGGUUACCAAGAAACAGAGGUCCUGAAAGGCACAGCUCUUUAGAACAUUGGACAGAUGAAAAAAAUAAAAGUGACAGACAUUUUCCUAGAAAUGAUAGGCCAAGGGAUUUGAGUUAUCCCAUAGCCACUCACCAGAGUGAUAUUGCUUUCAAAAAAAGAGAUAACAAUAUGCAAAACAGAAUAGGAAAAGGAGUGUCUUUCACAGAAUUCAAGGAAAACUCUGCUACUCAAGAUACUACAGACAACAAUAACCAGAAACGUGGGAAAAGGGAAAACCAAACACACAAUUCUGAAAAUUUUUGUGAUAGGAAGGCACGAACAAUAAGUAGUGAAGCCUUUAUGGUAAAAAGUGAGCAACAUUUUGGUGUUAAUAAUGACUACCAAAAUCCCAACAGGACUGAUAAUUUUAAUACCGUACCAAAUGGAGAUACUGAGCAUCAUCAGAAAGGAAGACGAGUAGGACCUAUCAAAUCAUCAGGACCUGCUACGAUCCCAUCUUUUGAUGAUAAAAUGUUGUAUUACAACACCGGUCCCAAAAGAAGAACUGGUCCCAUAAAACCAGAGAAAAUAUUAGAACCAUCUAUUCACAUGGAGUAUGGAAAAAGUUGGAGACCAGGGGAUGAAUGUUUUGCUCUUUAUUGGGAAGACAACAAGUUCUACCGGGCAGAAAUUGAAGCUCUCCAUUCUUCUGGGACAACUGCAGUUGUUAAAUUCAGUGAUUAUGGAAAUUAUGAAGAGGUGCUUCUCAGCAACAUCAGGCCUGUUCAUGCAGACACAUGGGAGGACGAAGAAGAAACAUAUGAGCAAACUCUAGAAUUCCGCAGAGGAGGUGAUGGUCAGCCAAGACGGUCCACACGACCUACUCAACAAUUUUAUCAACCCCCCAGAGCUAGAAACUAAUGAAUAAGGAAAAAAAGAAACUUUCUUGGAGUCGGCGGAAAUUCACUGGCAGUUCCAACUUGCUGAAGACUUCUAGAGGAAAUUCUGGCUUUUUCCAGACAGCAGUAUGGAACAAAGAAAGCUCAUGUGAGCAGAAGGAAUUUGGACCUGACACCACAAGAGACUUUUUUAAAGUUCUUAGAUAAAUGAAGCUGAAUACUUUUUACAUAUGAAAGAGGCAAAUUGUCAUUGCUGCCAUCAAUAAAACCACAGUGCACUAUUCUA